AUGGGGAGACCAGUAUUCGCACUCAUGAUCGUGGCAGAGAUCGUGGUGAGCGCUUCGGCGUCUGUCGAAAAUGGGGGUGUGCAGAGCCUCCCGAAAAGCGAUUCGAAUACGACGGAGAGUCUCGAGCCCCUUGUCAACGGAGUAAUGAAGAGGCUGACAAGGGAGCUCCAGCCGAUUUUCGAAGGUAUCCUCGAAAAUGAUAAAGUCGACUCGAAAUGCCUGGGCUCAAUUAUUCAACUUCUCCGAGGCAUGCAGCGAUUUGAUUUCUGGGCUUAUUCAUUUGUGCGAUCAUCAGGAGGACUUGGUCCGAUGCUCGAGGGUUCCGCGACCGACCUCGGGAUGUACGACGCCUGUCUGGAUGCGAAAGCGACUGAUGGUGAAGAAAACGUGUUAUUCACCGGUCGGUACUGUACGCUCUUCAUAUUGGUCGAGAAUGAAUAUCUGCAAAGACUCCUGAUUCAGGGAAUGUACAACUACAAGGAAAUUUCGGAUUAUGUUCACGGAGAUGCCAAUCUCUACUUCGACUACAUGCGCGUGCUGCAACGGGGCAGGAUAGGAGUGUGCUUGCCUUCGACAUGCUCCGGGGACGACAUCGUGAACAUCGUCACUGGUCGUAAGUACGCGAUGAUUACGAACAGAUUCUGCGCUUCGACGGAUGUUGGGGGUAAGUACGGAAUCCAAGCAUGGGUACCGGCAUGCAGAUCGAAGGUAGAAGAUCCGUCCCUGACCGCGUUCCAAAUUUUCGUCAUAGUGCUCCUAGCAAGCCUUGUGAUUUUAAGCAGCUCGGCUGCAUUCAUCACGAGCGUGUCCAAGGAAAAGUCUCAGGCUAGUCGCAGUGGGCUCUAUGAAAUAUUGGAAUGCUUCUCCUUGAAACGUAACUGGUCAUCGGUGUUCGAGAUCAGCACUCGCCCCCAAACAAGUUACUUGUCUUGCAUUCAUGGGAUCCGAGCCGUCAGUUGCCUCUACGUCCUCUGGGGGCACAUAUACAUGACGGUCGACCCCUUCACCCUUCAUUACCCGAUGCAGAUCUUGAGGUGGUUCCGGCACAAUAUCUCUUUCGUGCCUGUGUACAUGGGGUUCUAUAUUGUCGACACGUUCUUCUGCGUUACCGGGCUGCUCGUUUAUAGAGCUCUCAAACUGGAAUCCGAGAAGAGAAAGCCAUCGACAAUGAGAACUCUUAUUGUCGUGGCCCUUUUCCGCCGAUGGAUACGCUUGGUCGUCCCGAGCAUGGCCGUGGUCGCGUUCUUCUUUCUGUGGCCCGCGAUGGUCUCCGGUCCCACGAAAGAUCUUGUAAUGAGUCACUUGGUGAACGGAUGUGUCGAGCACUGGUGGACAAUUCCUGCGAUGGUCGGCAACUUCUAUCAGAUGCCUGAGCAAUGUUUGCUCCACCUGUGGUAUAUCGGCGUCGACUUUCAGUUGCUCGUUAUUCUGCUAAUUCCCCUGAUCCUUCUGAUGAAACCAAAAUUCCGAUGGAUCGGCUUGAUCGCGCUGUGUUCACUGGCUAUACUCUCAAUUGUUUCCGUGUUCGCGAUAACUUUCUUCUCAGAGCUCCCACCAUUCAUGCUGCCUCUACCACUAUUCCUCAAGAAACUUCCAGAUUUCGUGCUCAAGAUCUACUUCAAUCCGAUUUCUCAUCUGAUAAGCUCCAUUGUGGGAAUUUUCUUUGGUUACCUAAUCGAGAAGCAUAGAUCAGGUCUAUCAACGCGGAGGAUGAGCCUGCUGUGGGUCGCGGUGACAGUCGUCUGUCUCCUGAACUUCUACGUUCCCUUCUACUGGCAAACGGGGGGAGAAGCUUUCACAGUGUGGGCCGCUCUCUACAAUGCUUUCAGCCGAGGGUUCUGGUCCCUAGGCGUCGGAUGGGUCAUAUUCGCUUGUGCUACUGAUCACGGCGGAAUCGUCAACAAGAUUUUAAGUCAGCCAGUUCUGCUGCCUUUAUCUCGGAUCUCUCUGAGUUUUUAUCUGGUCCACAUCUUGGUUGUCGCCACGAGAGCCGUGCAGCAGCGAAGCCUGGUAGAAGCCCAACAUUAUCUUCUGGUGAAACACGCCUUGUCGGACAUCGUGAUCUCGUUCUUCUUCGCCCUCAUGCUGCAUUGUCUCGUCGCAGCACCCGUUGUCAACUUGGACAAGCUCAUGUUCGCUAGGGUCGGCCGAACGGAGCCCGAAGACGAGAAACGUCCGAACGGUCAUUCUCUGAAAGCUAUCAUCGUUGGCGGGACAGAUGCGGCUCUGAAAGAUCGCCUAUGA